ACCUUCCCCUCUCUCUCUCAUUUAUACACUCUCUCACUCUCUCUCUAGAAAACCCACCUUCCAACCUUCAUUCCUCUCUUCCUCCUGCCUUCUCUCUAGGGUUUCUCCCGUCGAGGGUAUCUCGGUAAUUUCGUCGCGCCACCGUGUGCUCGCUGCUACCCAGUUGGCCUCUCUGCUCGGAAAGGUACGAGCUUGAGCUUGAGCUUGAGCUUGAGCUUGAGGGGGAUAUGGCGGACACGACCGCUGACGGCGGGAACAGCCGGGGGUCUUCUGGGGGCACGUCGAUCGGGAAGGUGCUGGCCACUACGGACGCCCGCGGUGGCGGCGGCGGCGGCGUCGGAGGGGGCGGCGGGGUCGGGGUGCAGAUAGAGAGGGCGAGGGGGGGCGGGUACGGGGCGUACGACGCCAUGGAGGAGAAGCCGUCGAGGGUGGAGGUGUGGGGGUGGCACCUGUACGGCUUCUGCACCUACUUCGUCGAGACGGCGCUCAUCCCCAUAGUGUUCCCGCUCAUCAUCAGUCAGGUCGUCGGCGCCCCGCCGGAGCCGUCCCAGGGCUGGACCAAGAGCCACAAGGGCUUGGCCUGUCGAGAGAAGGAGAUGAAACUGUUUGUAGGGCUGACGCACCGGUCAAUGAACGAGGCUAAUAUUUCCCCUCUAGAAUGGGUUGCGGUUUGUUGGUUCAUAGGUUUGGUUUUGGCUGCGCCUUUGUUGAACUUUGUCUCCAUGCGCCUUGACCAUGGGCAAUACCAACAGCUAAUUGCCGGAGCCGCCACGGUCGUCGGAGCCAUCUUCUGUCUUCCGGCAGGAUUCUUCCGCACCCCUUGGAUUUUUCUGCCUUAUAUUGUGGUGAUCGUGGCUGCCAGUCUGGUGGCCUCGGCUGCCCACACCCGCAACCUUGGCCUCAUGAUCCGUGGUUUCACUGGCCCUGUUCUCAAGAAGACCCAAUUCCAAGCCCGGAGAUCUGUCUCGGGGUGGCUCUCGCUUUACGCCACGGCAGCUGGCUGCUUUGGUGCUGCAUUAAUUUCUGCAUUCUCUUAUCACAUGCUUGAUCAGAAAGAUAGAUUUAUCAGCUUGUGGGUGGUUUCGAUCUUCGGUGGCCUCUUUUGGCUUCUCGGCAUUCUCUACGUAAUCGUGGCAUAUAGGCCUGGUCCCGACUCCCCUCCUCCACCAUUUACCUAUAUUAUCUCCAUCUUUAGCUACCCUCAUGCUGUGGGAAGCCUUGUCGGCGUCUUCCUCUCAUCGUUCACAACAAUGUGCAUCUUCACUGGGGCGGUGCUCUUUUUAGUCGGGGAAUUGUGCCUGAAACCUGUGUUUGUACUGUAUUUCUGGUUGACUUAUUUCCUCUUCCCUCUGGUGUCUUUGCCGCUGCUGCACCCACUUCAGAACCUCAUCAAGGCAAAUGCAGUGAAAAUGCAGCUACUGGGCUUCCUUCUCUCGAUGAUCACUUGCGGGGUUGGAUUCUACUAUCGUAGUAAAACUUGGAGCAAGGGACAUGUGAUUUUCUUCGCGACUUUGCAGAGCACGGCAGCGGGAAUCUUGUAUGCUUAUGGUAGGGUUUUGGUGUUAGACUGUGCGCCAUCUGGAAAGGAAGGUGCUUUCUCCGUGUGGUAUUCGUGGGUGAAGGUGUUGGGAACCUGCGCGGGCUUUGGCAUUGCGUCGGUCGUCCCGCGGAGCGUGAGCACUUCUUUCGGUAUCGCCUUCGUUUGCGCUAUUCUCGGGGCAGUGAUGUUCGUUUUCGGGAAUGUAAGCGAUCUUGGUGGGGCCCUAGCUGCAGGCAAUGUGAGGGAAGACGACGAGAAAGGUUCGCCGAGGCGCGGUAUGAUGAAGAACCCGCUGCAUUUGGAAGCACCGUAGAAACCAGGAAUUGCUACUAACUGUUUCUCUCUCUCCCCCUUCAUGAUAGAGCUACCUUGGAAGACAUAGGAGUUUGUGUAACGAUGCUGGAAACGGUUUUAUCAUCCUGUCAAAUUUAAUGGUGGAACUUGUGCAUGUACUUGGUUAGGGUUGUGUAGAGGAGCUUUUUUAUGGUAGUUUGGCAAUACUUAAUUUGUGGUGAUGGGUGAUUGUGCUUUUGUAAGUGAUUUGAGUUGGAAUUUAUAAGAUUCUUUCUGUUCAUCAAGAA